AUGUCCACUAUCGGCAAGGGCACUGAAGAAAUCGUGGCUAAUGAGUUCUUCGAACCUGAUAGCUCAAGCGACAGCAGUGCUUCGUCAUCAUCGUCAUCAUCUGAUGAGGACUCCUCGGAAUCCGACUCGGAGAGUGACUCAGAGGAGCAGCAGGUUGUCUCUAUCCAGGAGAUGGACGUAAAGGAGUUGAGGCGACAGAGGAAGUCUAUUAAGGGCCUCAAUGAGCUUAGCGAUGAUAAGCUCAGCGGCGUUCUGCUGGGCUGUACAGUCGAGGAUUUACUGGAAAUUGACAAGCUCAACGGUGAAGGUUGUUUUGAGAGCUUCGACGCUUGGAAUACUGCUUGGGAGAAGGCUGUGCACGUACGAUUCACGGAUGGUAUGGUACGGACAAUUCGAAAGCAGAUGGAGUCGACUCAUGGAGUGUUCUCCCAAGAUGCUUCCACUUCUCAGUUCAUUACGAACUCCGCGCGUCGCCUCAACAGAGCUCAGCUGCCGUUGGACGAUGUCCUACGUGCUUUGCGAGGGCUUGAAGCUGUCGAGGUUACUAUGGAUGACCUCAAACGCACUAAAAUUGGAAAAGUUGUUAACACUAUCAUGAAGACGUCCGUGGAUCCUGAUAUCAAGGCGUUGUCCAAGGACUUGGUAUGUAAAUGGCGCAAGGUGGUCGCGGAAGCACGACAUCCUGAAUCGAAUGAGAUGGUCGGAACGCCUUCGACUGAUGAAGAUGGUGAUGGAACGAAGCAUAUGUGUGAGUGGAGGAGCGUGUAUCAAUUUUACAAGGACAAACUGCAAGCAUCUCGAGACCGUGCCCGGAAGGCUCGAGAGACUGGCGCCGAUGCUGAUGCAGCGAAGCGCCAGAAGCGAACUGAGGUCAACGCCUCUGCUCCGCCCGGCACAGUUGUGCGUGGCUUCCGCCUACCGCAGUCGCAACACAUCAAUAGACUUAAUGCAAAAAGGGAUAAUAUAGUCUCUAAGGCUAGAGCUAAGAAAAGAGCUCAGACUAACUCAACGGGGCCGAUAAAGAAGAAGACAAAGAAGAGCUCCUUCACCGAGGACGGCAUGAUGGUGCUCCCCAGUGACCGUUGGUGAAUCGUAGAGAAAUAUUGUGUCUAAUCUCUGUUUGAAUCAACGAACGUCUGUUGAUAUACGGACUCAUCAGUGCUGCCAUAAUAAUCGUGUUCCUAUAUUCUUAAAUUUAUUCUGAUACGAAAACAGUGAAAUCGUUGUAGUCCAUUGUGCUUGUGUUUUGGUGACUAGUCUUGUGUUGGAGAACAAUUCUAUAUGACUCACAGCGCUAUACUGCACCCUAGAAUACUUUGCUACUGCUGCUUACUGUGAUGACGGUUGAAGUC